AUGGGAGCGGGUCCAACUCGCUCGCUCAAGGUGAAGUUCGCGAAGCUUUGCAUGGAGCAGCCCAGCGCCCAGCCGGAAGGUGGCAGAAAGACCCGGCCCUUGGGUCAGUGCAUUGUGCACCCGCCCUUCGCGUUCAGCUUCUGGGUCUUCAUGCAGGAGCCCACCUCCAGAGGAGAGCUGGGCCGUAGGGCCUACCUGCUCAUGGGCUUCUUCAUGCCCGCGGCCAGCGGCACCCCGGUGAUCUCCUUGGCGCUGGCGGCGGGCCAGGGACACCACGGCCAGGACGGGCGUUUGGAGAUCUGGGUGGGCAACGAGGUGAAACCUCCCAGUGAUGAAGAAGUUGCUGAUGGCAAGACUGCCAGCGAUCUGGCGAUGGUAAAAGCCGGCCAGUGGAUGCAUGUGGUGCUGUCCAUCCAGCACCGAUCCGUGUCUGCCUACUUGCAGGGGGAGAAAGUGGUGGACGCAAAGCUCCAGGGACGCAUGCAGUUCUCCUCUCUGACGCCAGAGCCGCAGCGGGGAGUGUGCUUUGUGGGCUUUCCGCCCCCAGACAUCCUGCGGUACCAAAACUCCACCAGCAUCAUGGAAGGCCUCAUUGCCCACAUGACCUACCACGAUGAAGGGCUCACCAAGAGCCAGGUCUACGAUGCCUACUUCCGGUCGCGGCACAUGCUGCCUACAGACAGGGACAUCCCCCCGAUGGAGGAGGCCAAUGAGCGCAAGGAGCACGGGCCGCAGCGAGAGGAAAGCCAGCAAGAGGGAUCGCAAGAAGCCGACACAAGGGGCUGA